AUGUCUAUCGACCGCUCCCUCACCCUGCUCCAUUCUCCUUCCACCGUCUAUCCACCGCUCCCUCACCCUGCUCCAUUCUCCUUACACGUCUAUCCACCUCUCCCUCACCCUGCUCCAUUCUCCUUCCACCAUCUAUCCACCUCUCCCUCACCCUGCUCCAUUCUCCUUCCACCUUCUAUUAACCGCUCCCUCACCCUGCUCUAUUCUCCUUCCACCGUCUAUCCACCUCUCCCUCACCCUGCUCCAUUCUCCUUCCACCUUCUAUCCACCGCUCCCUCACCCUGCUCCAUUCUCCUUCCACCUUCUAUCUACCGCUCGCUCACUCUGCUCCAUUCUCCUUCCUCCGUCUAUCCACCGCUCCCUCACCCUGCUCCAUUCUCCUUCCACCGUCUAUCCACCGCUCCCUCACCCUGCUCCAUUCUCCUUCCAUCGCUCCCUCACCCUGCUCCAUUCUCCUUCCACCGUCUAUCCACCUCUCCCUCACCCUGCUCCAUUCUCCUUCCACCGUCUAUCCACCGCUCCCUCACCCUGCUUCAUUCUCCUUCCACCGCUCCCUCACCCUGCUCCAUUCUCCUUCCACCGUCUAUCCACCGCUCCCUCACCCUGCUCCUUUCUCCUUCCACUGCUCCCUCACCCUGCUCCAUUCUCCUUCCACCAUCUAUCCACCGCUCCCUCACCCUGCUCCAUUCUCCUUCCACCAUCUAUCCACCGCUCCCUCGCCCUGCUCCAUUCUCCUUCCACCGUCUAUCCACCGCUCCCUCACCCUGCUCCAUUCUCCUUCCACCGCUCCCUCACCCUGCUCCAUUCUCCUUCCACCAUCUAUCCACCGCUCCCUCACCCUGCGCCAUUCUCCUUCCACCAUCUAUCCACCGCUCCCUCACCCUGCUCCAUUCUCCUUCCACCUUCUAUCCACUGCCCCCUCACCAUGCUCCAUUCUCCUUCCUAUGUCUAUCCACCGCUCCCUCACCCUGCUCCAUUCUCCUUUCACCUUCUAUCCACCGCUCCCUCACCCUGCUCCAUUCUCCUUCCACCGUCUAUCCACCGCUCCCUCACCCUGCUCCUUUCUCCUUCCACUGCUCCCUCACCCUGCUCCAUUCUCCUUCCACCAUCUAUCCACCGCUCCCUCACCCUGCUCCAUUCUCCUUCCACCAUCUAUCCACCGCUCCCUCACCCUGCUCCAUUCUCCUUCCACCGUCUAUCCACCGCUCCCUCACCCUGCUCCAUUCUCCUUCCACCGCUCCCCCACCCUGCUCCAUUCUCCUUCCACCAUCUAUCCACCGCUCCCUCACCCUGCGCCAUUCUCCUUCCACCAUCUAUCCACCGCUCCCUCACCCUGCUCCAUUCUCCUUCCACCUUCUAUCCACUGCCCCCUCACCAUGCUCCAUUCUCCUUCCUCCGUCUAUCCACCGCUCCCUCACCCUGCUCCAUUCUCCUUCCACCUUCUAUCCACCGCUCCCUCACCCUGCUCCAUUCUCCUUCCACGGCUCCCUCAUCCUGCUCCAUUCUCCUUCCACCAUCUAUCCACCGCUCCCUCACCAUGCUCCAUUCUCCUUCCACCAUCUAUCCACCGCUCCCUCACCCUGCUCCAUUCUCCUUCCACCUUCUAUCCACCACUCCCUCACCCUGCUCCAUUCUCCUUCCACCGCUCCCUCACCCUGCUCCAUUCUCCUUCCACCGUCUAUCCACCUCUCCCUCACCCUGCCGACUUAUUCCAACUUUCCGCUCUGA